AUGAUUCAGAUUCCGUACAUAUUUGAUAAUAGCAAAAAUGUCACAGCUACCAGUCGUCAGACCGACGAUUAUCAAUCUGGACAUGAGCUGGAGGUGCAAAACACAGUCCACUUCUAUCCAUUCCACCAGUCACUUGAAUCCUUAGGCGCCCAGAGUCUCAAUCUGCAAGCACACCAAUUACCAACCAACGAUCAAGGACAAAGCAUGUUUGUCACAAAUUUUUGCUCGUCUCAUUCGUUUCAUUCCUACAUCCCUUGUCACGACGCCUUGUCCAAAAAUCAAUCCACGACACUUGCCCAAUCGUUGGUUCCCCGUCCAGAGGUUGAGAAUUCAUCUCAGAAAGUUGCUCAGGUACCUGGCAACAAUCACAAUCACAGUCACAGUCACGCAAGUGAUGUCAAAGUGGAACGGGCACCAGAAUCCGAUAACUCCUUCAUCAAACAUGCAACAAAGUCAUCUCCCCCUCCAUCUACACAGAAAGCUCUGCCUAACCUGGUAAACCAGAAACCUCCGGUCUACACCAAGUGGACAGAAAGAGAAGAUGAAUUACUGCGCGCGGCAGUGAGCAUCUACGGUCCGCAUAAGUGGUCACUGGUGGCGACCAAUGUCCCAAACAGGACACCGAUGCAGUGUUCGGCGCGCUGGGUGGGUGCCUUGAAUCCUUCCAUCCUUAAAGGUCGUUGGACCGCACAAGAGGAUGCCGUGCUCACCGAAACAGUUCAGCAAUACAUCAACGCCGUCGACUCUCAGAACAAUCCGCAGCCGAUCCCCUGGAACAAGAUCUCAAAACGCAUUCCUCAGAGAACCGGUGCUCAAUGUCAGGCUCGGUGGACUGAGGCGUUGGACCCGCAUAUCAAGAAAGGCAAAUGGUCACCCAAAGAAGACGAAAUUUUGAAGGAGGGCGUCAGCAUCUACGGAAGAUGCUGGAUUCGUAUUGCGGAGAUGAUUGAUGGUAGAACUCAGAGACAAUGUCCCUCCACCGCCGCUGCCACCGAUGUCACAUCGAACUCGGCCGGUAACACCAUCCAAAGGGUCAAUAACGGCAAUAGCAACAACAUUCCCAUGUUGACACCUCCAACCACCACGCCCUCCACACCCGCUCAAACGAUAAAGAAUUUUUCGUCACUACCUUUUGUGCAAUCGGUAUCCUCGCAAAUCGGCGCCCCGUUUGGAUCGAUAGGCGUAUCCAUGCCUCCUCCCCCCGAUUUUAACAACGUUUCGGCGAUUAUCGCCAGGCAAAACUCGACAUCACCAGAAGUCUACCAGAACCCCAUUUUUUCGGGUCCAAUGACUCCUGCCGCGAGUCCCGGCAACAUGACGACGACGAUGACAGGUUUUUUCACCAACGACGACAACAAUUCGAGACAAGAUUCAAAUUUCUCCGAGGCGCAAUCAAUGAUAUUCCAACCACCAACGCCCAACCCUCUAUGUUUUUACGACGGCGCAUCCUACUCCUUUGAUCCACUAUCAAUCAACCAGAUCACCUACAUUUGA